CGGUCCGGGCAGAGGGUUGCUUUCCUGCGCCGAGCGGGUGUGAACCCGCGCGCCCCCGGCGGGGCGGCCGGCAGGUGUACCGAUAACCAUUGUGUGGUUCCUAUCAGGAAUGGAAUCUUCUGCAAGCUAAGAGCAGAAGCCUUUUUGGUCAACAUGGAGGACAAAAGACGACGAGCCCGAGUGCAGGGAGCCUGGGCUGGCUCUGCCAAGAGCCAGGCGGUUGCUCAGCCAGCCAACACUGCCAAGAGCCAUCUCCACCAGAGCCCUGGUCAGACCUGGACAAACAAGGCGUAUCAUGUGUCAGACAAACAGUUUGUCUUCAAAGAACCCCAGCAGGUGGUACGCAGCGUCCCGAACCCACAAGUGAUCGAUAAAGAGGGUGUAUAUGAAAUCAGCCUGUCACCAACAGGCAUAUCUAGGGUGCGUUUGUAUCCUGGCUUUGUUGACUUAAAAGAAGCCGACUGGGUAUUGGAACAGCUCUGUCAGGGUGUUCCCUGGAAACAGAGGACCGGCAUCAGAGAGGAUGUAACUUACCAGCAGCCAAGACUCACAGCAUGGUAUGGAGAACUUCCUUACACUUACUCCAGAAUCACUAUGGAACCAAAUCCUCACUGGCACCCUGUGCUGCGCACACUGAAGAACCAAAUUGAAGAGAACACGGGUCACACCUUCAACUCCUUGCUCUGCAAUCUCUACCGAAAUGAGAAGGACAGUGUGGACUGGCACAGUGAUGACGAACCCUCACUGGGGAGGUGCCCGGUCAUCGCUUCGCUCAGUUUUGGUGCCACACGCACUUUUGAGAUGAGAAAGAAGCCCCCACCAGAGGAGGGUGGAGACUACACAUAUGUGGAAAGAGUGAAGAUACCCUUGGAUCACGGGACCUUGCUAAUCAUGGAAGGAGCUACGCAAGCUGACUGGCAGCAUCGGGUGCCCAAAGAGUACCACUCUAGAGAGCUGAGAAUAAACCUGACCUUUCGGACAGUCUAUCCAGACCCUGGAGGGGCGCACCGGUGAUGUGAAAUCUUUGAGGGAGAAGCUGUGCUGAGACUGGGCAAAUCUUUCACCAAGAAGAAAUUUCGAGAGGCUGGCCCAUCUGAUCUCGCCGUGUGGCUGUUUGGAAGACGAGGCUGGGACUAACUUCCCAGCUCAGAGUCCUAUUAAGUACUAGCCAGCAGUUCAUGUUCAUACUAUGCUUACUGUGGGAGUGGUAAUCCCUAAUCACAUCUUGAAAUCACAUAUUUUGUUUAGGUAAAUAAAAACCCCUACGGCUGUGCUUGCGGA